CUUUUCUUUGUUUAUCAGAUUAUCUGCUUGUUUGUAGCGGGGCAUGGUCAGUCUCUAGUAGAUCCAAUCUCUGAUAAUAUUCUACCCGCGAUUCAUCUCUUCUAAUAUUGAACUCAGCCUGUCUCUAAUUUAGAGACCAACUUGAUAGUCUCUGUACCUGACUAAACUAUUAACAUCGUUAUAGCUCACAUAUAUUUUCGCGCUAUAUUUUGAAGAGGUUAGCAGACGACGGUACUCUGAUUUAAAUACCAAUAGCAGAAGUGUAAUAUAUAAAUGGUUUUAUUGAUACCAAUUCUCAAACGCGCGGUGUUGUGUUUAUCUUUCCAGUUCUGCUUCCACGAUCAGCACCACAUUAAUAUUCAGCUUUGGCCUACAUAUAAACAAAACAACUCAGAUAUCUGGGACCUACAAACCAAAUGUUAGUUGACGCGUAACAAGUGUAUUAUAGUGGUUGUUAAAAUUACAUAACUUGUGGAAUGGUUAACGGAUGUGUGAAUUUUAAUGUAAACAAACAUUUAUGUUAACGUUCUGCAUGUGUGCAUUAAUAAGACGUUGUCUGGGAUUGCAGUACAGCUUGUAAGUUUUGCUACGUGCUUUGUAUUCUGUAGGAGCUUACUUGAAGUGAUCGGGAAUUAACUCAAAUUGUCUCUGCAAAAAAAAGAGAAGUAGACAAAGGCUGUGACACUUCUGGCUAUAAUACUCGGUGGGUUGAAUAGAUUUUCAAAUGAAAAGAUCAAUGAUAAAUGUCCUGACUAUUAAUGAUAACUGCCAUUAUAGAUCAUUACCAAACGGAAUAAUUAUUCAUUUAACGAACAAUUCAGAUUGAACAGGAACUAUAUUUAUCUUCAGAUCGAUGUAAUUGCUUCAAAGUACAGAACCUUGAAAACAUUUGAAACUACUUAUUUCCAAACGUCUGGUGUCGACGCCUUCUGUAUAAAGGAAAGUGAAUAUAUAUAUAUGUCCAUUGUGAAACUUAGACAUACUUCCUGAUCGAUUAAGAAACUUGGAAUGUCGACAACUCGUCGAGGACUAUAGAAUUAAAUAUCUCAGUUCUCUGGAUUCAACUUAAAAGUUUAAAAAAUCGUAGAAAUAGUUUCCCGUUUUACAGCAAGUAUGGGCAAAUUUAAAACUUUUGAGAUUGUAUUGAACAGUCCACACAGUGUUUAUUUCGCGGGCGAUAUUUUACAAGGCCACGUUAAUAUAGAACUGAAUGAAGCUAUGAAGUUAAAAGGGAUACGAGUUAUUUUCCGAGGAAAGGCAUUUGUUCAUUGGACAGAUCAGAAUAUGCGCGGUCCGGGAGAAAGCCGGUACCGAGAAAUACGACACCAUUCCGCCACUGAAGAAUAUUUUGAUGUUUCGAACACACUUCUAUCAAAAGACCCCGCGACAAAGUCAGAGACGCGAGUUAUACCAGCAGGUCAAUACACCUACCCGUUCCAGUUUCAGUUACCAUCCAAUAUCCCAUCAUCAUUUGAAGGUCAAUAUGGUCACAUCCGGUAUUACAUCAAGGUCAUGAUAGAGAAACCAUGGAGAUGUGAUUACACGUGCCAGAAAGUAUAUACUGUGAUCUGUCCGUUAGAUUUAAACAGAGAUCCAGCAGCUGCUACACCAAUCCGAUCCCAAAAGCAAAAGAAAUUGUGCUGUCUCUGCUGUCGAACUGGUCCGGUCAGCGCUACUUUAAGUUUAAACCAAAGAGGCUUUGUAUCGGGGGAGACUAUUCAUGUUGAUGCGGAAAUCACAAAUUUAACGAGAAGGAAAAUGGGUGCAACUUCUAUAGAGCUUAAAAUGACCACAACGUUCUUUACAAAAACCAAAACACGAUCAGUCACUCAACAAAUUAUGAAAAGAAAACGGGGUAGGGUGGCUACUGGAGAAUCAGAAAAUUGGAACAGUGAACCAAUAGUUAUCCCUCCUUUAGCCCCAUCCCUUCUUAUUGGUUGUAAUAUAAUUGACGUCAGAUACAUUCUUGAGUUACGGGUAGAACCAGUGGGUCCAGCCUUCGAUUUAUCGAUUCCAAUAGAGAUAUUCAUUGGAACCGUGCCUUUACAUUCAACAAUACAGCGACACCUGGCAAUUAGUCAAGGGAGGCAAUCAUAUCAUCACUCGCAUGGCGCUGGAGCUGAACAAUUAUACCAUCCUAAUACAUACUUACCCCCUCCUGGCUUUGCUAAAUAUCCCUUUUAUACCUCCCGGGUUACAGAAGAAGACGACGAAGAUCGGGACAAGGGAGACAACUACUAUACCCCCGCCUACGUUUAUUAUUUGUGGAACAGUGAUCAAAAUAACUCCAACCACCCUCCUUAAAGUCUGGGAAUAUGGAGAUUUAGUCGAAAUCUAAAUUAAAUUGAUUUAUAAUGUAAACAUAUAUUUUAUCUACAUCAACUAUAGCCCAGAGGAAAUUUAACGUGCCUUUUUUAUGUUUAAUGUCGUCACGCCCACCCUUUCAUCGUCCACAAUUGUUCUAGAGUCUAAUGUUAUCAUUUAAUUACUUGCAGAUUAACAUGAUCAUUCGAUUGUUCAUGAUUUCCGAGUUAUCGUCCUUAAUCAUUUUUCUAAAUCUACACGCUCUGGAUGCUACAGUUAUCAUUAGAUGGUCUUUAAUUUUAUCAUUCGUGUAUACCCAGUGUUUCUGUUCAUUAGAAGAAAAAAACUUCAUUUGAAGAACAAAAUGUCACCACAACCUUUAUGGUCUGCUCAAACGACUUAAUAGCUAUGGGUGUAAUGCCUGACAAUCCAUCUUUGUAUCCAUAAACCAACGAGUAAAUGUAUAUAAUAUUAUGAAAAAUGCGACAUGUUCUAUCAAUCAGUAUCUUCAACAUGCCGUCGCCUCAAGGGGUUACACAUUCUAUUGACGUACUCGUGUGAGACGGAUUAAUCCUUAACUUUGCUAAAUUAGUUUGGUUAGAUAGGUUUAUUUGAUAAGUAAAAGGAAUUUGAAUGUAGUAGUAUAUAAAUGAGUGAAUGAAAUUUG